AUGGAUCACGAAGCAGAUGCUUACCGUACGGAUUUGAUGACCAUCACGAGAUUCGUGCUGAAUGAGCAAUCAAAGUACCCAGAUUCUCGUGGGGAUUUCACGAUUUUGCUCAGUAACAUCGUCUUGGGAUGCAAAUUCGUCUGCAGUGCCGUCAACAAGGCUGGUUUGGCCAAGCUUAUUGGACUUGCAGGGGAGACAAAUAUCCAGGGUGAAGAGCAAAAGAAACUGGAUGUGCUCUCUAACGAUGUCUUUGUCAAAGCUUUUGUUAGUAGUGGCAGAACUUCUGUUCUUGUCUCGGAAGAAGAUGAGGAAGCUACGUUUGUGGAGUCAUCCCAGCGUGGAAAGUAAGUUUUCAGUCUCUUGUCAGUUUGGUGAGGAAAAUGAUGUAAAGCUAACC